GCGAUGUUACAAAAGUCACGCGACAGUAGUCACUUGGUAGGAAUCCUGUAAAGAUGGCGGCGGCCCCUUCUGAUGAGACUAGCCUUCAGUCUCUAAUCAACAAGACCACCAAUCCUCUCAAUAAGGAAACUGACUGGGACAAUAUCAAGGCAUUUUGUGAUAAACUCGACAAUGAAUCAGAUGGGCCUCAGCUUGCAACCAGACUUCUGGCCCACAAAAUCCAGUCUCCUCAGGAGUGGGAGGCAAUGCAAGCACUACUGGUGCUUGAGACGUGCAUGAAGAACUGCGGAAACAAGUUUCAUGGUGAAGUGGGAAAGUUUCGCUUCCUUAAUGAGCUCAUCAAGGUGGUCUCGCCUAAGUAUUUAGGAUCCCGGGCUCCGGAGCCGGUGAAGGCAAAGGUUUUGGAGAUGAUGUACAGCUGGACCGUGUGGUAUCCUGAUGAGGCAAAGAUAGCUGAAGCUUAUCAGAUGCUGAAGAAACAGGGCAUUGUAAAGCAAGAUCCUGUGCUUCCUGGUGACAAGCCAUUACCACCUCCUCCACCCAGAGUCAAAAGUGCCAUCUUUGAGGACGAGGAGAAAUCCAAGACGCUGUCCCGCCUGUUGAAGAGCACCCACCCAGAUGAUUUAAGAGCAGCAAACAAGCUCAUCAAGGAAAUGGUUCAAGAAGAUCAGAAGCGAGUGGAGAAAGUCUCCAAGCGAGUGAACGCCAUCCAGGAGGUGAAGGAGAGCGUGAGCCUACUGAGCCAGCUGCUGGAGGGCUACAGCCAAGAGAGCUGCUCCCAUAGCAACCAGGAGCUCGUUAGGGAUCUUUACCAGCGCUGUGAGAAGAUGAGGCCGACGUUAUUCAGAUUAGCAAGCGACACAGAAGACAACGACGAAGCUCUAGCCGACAUCCUGGAAGCCAACGACAGCCUGACGCAGGUCAUCAAUCUGUACAGGCAGCUGGUUAAGGGUGAGGAGGUGUCGAAAGACGGACCGUCUCCCGCCUCUGAACAAGACUCUAAAUCAGGUGGCAGCAGCUCAGCACUAUUAGACCUGACAGGACUCAACAUUUCAGAAAACACAGAACCUUCCAACCCACAGGCUGCACCUCAGAGCCUGGGCUUGAGCCUCUUGGAUGAUGAACUCAUGUCUCUUGGAUUGAAUGUAUCAGAAAACUGUGACUCUAACAUCAUCUCUCAGUCCUUAAACAUUGCAGAGUCUUCGGCUCCGGCUGUAGCGUUGCAACCAGCUGUGGUGCAAACGUCACAGGCUACACCAGCAGGGGGCGGCACUGCUACGCCCAGAGCAAUGGAAGAGCUGGAUUUGCUGGGGAAAACAUUGUUACAGCAGUCUCUACCUCCAGAGAGCAAGCAAGUGAAAUGGGAUAAACUCCAGCCUCACUCUAAGGUCCCUUUGCGAGAUCUCCAAGUAAAGUCUGGGGCGAGCUCCAGGCCUGCUGCGGGUCCCGGGCCGACGUCCAGCCUCCUCGUCCAGUCGGAGCAGCCCGAUGGUGUCCUCCACUUCAGUCUUGGCGUUGCAGACAAAAGCUCGUCAUCAUCUGCUGACCCCAACGACCGCAUCUCAUUAACAGACGUCACAGUGCCUCUGGAGUCAAUCAAGCCUAGCAGCGUGUUACCGGUGACUGUAUUCGACAAACACAGCCUAAGGGUUUUGUUCACAUUUGCGUGCGACUGUCCUCCGUCGAGGCCCGACGUGUUGGUGGUGAUCAUCUCCAUGCUGUCCUCGGCACCCAUUCCCGUCACCAACAUCCGUUUCCAGGCAGCCGUUCCCAGAGUAAUGAAAGUAAAGCUGCAGCCUCCCUCCUGUACUGAGUUGCCAGCCUUCAACCCCAUCCUCCCUCCAGCCGCUGUCACACAGAUCCUGCUGUUGGCCAACCCUCACAAGGAAAAAGUGCGUCUGCGCUACAAACUAACUUUCAACUUGGGGGACAAAUCUCACGACGAGUCCGGCGACGUGGACGAGUUCCCACCUCCAGACACCUGGGGCAACCUUUAGAGGGAGAGGGAGAGGGAGAGGACCGGGCCUCCUGUCGUCACACCUGCACCAUCCUUUAUAUUUGGGUCGGCGUUUUCCUUUCGGAGGGGGGAAAUAAAGACCAGAUUACAAUGAAGCGGUUUCAGACUCUGCUGUACAAAAAAAAAAAAAAAAACUGAUGGACUGUGAGAGCAGUUGCUGAAGCCAGUUGACCUUGUGCCUUCUCAUCCUUAUUUGAUCCCGUCAGUGUUUCUAAAUGGAGUCGCCGCAUCAUCCGUCUCAGAUAAUUAGCCCAGUGUGUUGAUUUGCAGAAUUUCUGAAUGUGAAUUGGUUUAAACUUACAAACCGUUGAGCAAAUCCCGCGUCAUAUGAAUCAUGUUGUUGUUUCAGACAUACCCACAAAUUAGCUUGAUCCGUUCCUGUACGACACAUCCUGCGCCGUCAGCUGCUCAUUAAACAGUUUGCAGGUCAAACCACUGAAUGGGUUUCCUCCAAACUAAUCAGACACAAUCAAAUUAAAACUGUGAUUUGUUGACAAAAUGAAACUAAACGCAUUUUUAAAACCCACUGCAGUGGCUUAAUUUUCAGUCUAAUCUUUAUAAUCUUUUCAGAGCAGGAGGAACCGAUGUAAAAUGGCGUUACCAAAGCGUGCAGGGUAAACACAACGACGAUGAUGUCUUUCUGCAGGAAACAGAGUUUUCACCGCAGCUAACUAUUGUUACUGAACCUGAUCCAGCCAAAAUUAAUCCUUUAGUGUUACUUUCGCCUCACUUUUUUCUUCUUGUUGUAAUUGAAAGGCACAGUCUCCAUUCCUUUACAAACGUCCUUAUUUCUGCACUUUUUCUGUUCUUAGGACUGUUUUUUUGUUGUUGUUUUUAACAGUUUAACUCAGGAUUAUUUUCCCUUUUCCUUAUUUAAACUCGUAUGCACUUACUUUGUUCAUAUUUUGCACAUGAAAUCAUUCUUGUUUAUUCAUCUCUUGUCACUUUGCUUUUCUACUACUGAUUAACCCAAAGACUCUCAACUCUAUUUUCACGUCAUACUGAUUUUGAUUCUGCCACAUGUGCCUCAGAUUGGGUUGUCUGGUUGUUUUUGUUUUUUUGUUUUGUACACAUAUAACUUAAGUGGGGUUUUUUUUUAGUCAUGUUUGUCUUUACCCAAAAUGACUUUGUAAAGCAUAAGAUGUAUUAUGUGUUAAAUGAUCUUUCUAGAUGUUGUGUGCAGCAAGAGAAGAAAUAUAUAAACUCAUCUGUAUUU